UUCCGCCGAGGCUCUCGCCGGUGUCCCCAUAGGUGGCUGUCGAAAGUGCCGGCUCCGCGCCGGCGCCGGCACUAGCCGGGUGGGAAGGCUCAAGAUGGCGUGCUUGUUGGAGACCCCAAUCCGCAUGAGCGUCCUCUCGGAAGUAACAGCUAGCAGUCGCCACUAUGUUGACAGGCUAUUUGACCCUGAUCCCCAGAAAGUCCUACAAGGUGUCAUAGACAUGAAAAAUGCUGUAAUUGGAAACAAUAAGCAGAAAGCCAACCUCAUUGUUUUAGGAGCUGUUCCAAGGUUAUUGUAUUUGCUUCAGCAAGAAACCUCCAGUACUGAGCUGAAAACUGAAUGUGCGGUGGUAUUAGGAAGCCUUGCGAUGGGUACUGAAAACAAUGUCAAAUCUCUACUCGAUUGCCAUAUUAUUCCUGCCUUACUGCAAGGACUACUGUCCCCAGACCUAAAGUUCAUUGAAGCUUGCCUCCGAUGCCUACGUACCAUCUUCACCAGCCCUGUCACUCCAGAGGAGCUGUUGUAUACAGAUGCCACAGUGAUACCACACCUCAUGGCGCUGCUUAGCAGGUCCCGCUACACCCAGGAGUAUAUCUGUCAGAUCUUCUCACACUGCUGUAAAGGACCAGAUCAUCAAACAAUUUUAUUUAACCAUGGUGCAGUUCAGAACAUUGCUCAUCUACUCACUUCACUCUCCUACAAAGUUCGAAUGCAAGCACUGAAAUGCUUCUCAGUUUUAGCUUUUGAAAAUCCCCAGGUAUCCAUGACCCUGGUAAACGUUUUGGUUGAUGGAGAAUUAUUACCACAGAUAUUUGUGAAGAUGUUACAGAGGGAUAAGCCUAUUGAGAUGCAGCUCACAUCAGCAAAAUGUUUAACUUAUAUGUGCCGAGCUGGAGCAAUUCGAACAGAUGACAACUGUAUUGUAUUAAAGACAUUGCCUUGUUUGGUUCGAAUGUGCAGUAAGGAAAGAUUACUAGAGGAGAGAGUUGAAGGAGCUGAAACACUCGCCUAUCUGAUUGAGCCAGAUGUUGAGCUACAGAGAAUCGCUAGCAUAACUGACCACCUCAUUGCAAUGCUUGCUGACUAUUUCAAGUAUCCCAGCUCAGUGAGUGCUAUCACUGAUAUUAAAAGGCUUGAUCAUGACUUAAAACAUGCUCACGAACUCCGCCAGGCUGCAUUCAAGCUCUAUGCCUCUCUUGGAGCAAACGAUGAAGACAUCCGGAAGAAGAUCAUUGACACUGAAAAUAUGAUGGACCGAAUUGUGACUGGCUUGUCUGAGUCUAGUGUCAAGGUGCGGUUAGCUGCUGUCAGAUGUUUGCACAGUUUAUCCAGAUCUGUACAGCAGCUACGAACCAGUUUCCAGGAUCAUGCCGUGUGGAAACCUUUAAUGAAGGUUUUACAAAAUGCACCAGAUGAAAUCUUAGUAGUAGCAUCUUCCAUGCUAUGUAACCUUCUUCUGGAAUUUUCUCCAAGUAAAGAGCCAAUUUUAGAAUCAGGAGCCGUAGAGCUACUUUGUGGAUUAACUCAGAGUGAAAAUCCUGCUCUACGAGUGAAUGGAAUUUGGGCUUUAAUGAAUAUGGCAUUUCAGGCUGAACAAAAAAUAAAAGCAGAUAUUUUACGGAGCUUGAGUACUGAACAGCUAUUCCGGUUAUUAUCAGAUUCAGAUUUGAAUGUGCUGAUGAAGACUUUGGGGCUUCUCAGAAAUCUCCUCUCUACGCGGCCUCAUAUAGAUAAAAUAAUGAGUACUCAUGGAAAGCAAAUUAUGCAAGCUGUCACUCUUAUUCUGGAAGGGGAGCAUAAUAUUGAAGUCAAAGAGCAGACACUGUGCAUCUUAGCUAACAUAGCAGAUGGGACAACAGCAAAAGAACUAAUUAUGACCAAUGACGAUAUCCUGCAAAAAAUCAAAUAUUACAUGGGUCAUUCACAUGUCAAACUCCAGCUUGCUGCUAUGUUUUGUAUAUCAAAUCUCAUAUGGAAUGAAGAGGAAGGUUCACAAGAACGCCAGGAUAAGUUACGAGACAUGGGCAUUGUAGAUAUUCUACACAAAUUGAGUCAGUCACCAGAUUCAAACCUUUGUGACAAGGCAAAGACGGCACUGCAGCAGUACCUGGCAUGAUGGAGCAUCCCUGGGCACCUGCGAGCAUCCCACAUCCUUGUCUAAGGAAGUUCAGGAACUAGCCUCAUUUGAUUCCUUCUAUUUGCACAAGUCACCUUGGACUGCAGGGAGCUGUUUUGCAAGAGCAAUUUAGUAGGCUUAGAACUCAAAUUCAUCUUGAGAACUUUUUUCGAGGUAGUAAUUUCCUCAGAGGACUGUUGUGUUUUGUUUUGUUUUUCUGAGCUACCUGGACUCUUUAUUAGAACAAUCAUUUUCUUUUGGACCUACAAUUUUUUGCCUAUGCUGCAGCCACUUUGUGAGUGAGAAUGAAGGGUAUGUGUGUGUAUGGGUGUGUGUGCGUGUGUAACAUGAGUCAGAAUGAAUAUAUGUGUGGGUGAGGGAUACCUCAGAUUUUUCUUUUCUUAUUUUGUGUGAAAAUCUCUUUUCUACAGAUUUUCCAGGGUUUAAGCAUUGCUUGCUGUAUAAAAAACUUUACUGAAUUAUA